CUUUCUUUUUUUAAAUUUUAUGUAUUUUAGUUUUUAUGACAAGAUCUUUUGUCGCUUUUUUCGGUUCCCAUUGACAGUACAUGGAGAGGGAACGAGGAGGGUUGAUGUCUGAAAACAUAUUUGAUAUCAUUUAUGACUAGUUAAAGAAGAUAUGGCUGUGUGCAUUGCUGUCAUCGCGAAAGAGAAUUAUCCAUUGUUCAUCAAAACAACCCCCACUGAUAAUGAACUGCAGUUCUAUUACACCGUGCACACUUCACUGGAUGUUGUAGAGGAAAAAAUCAGCUCUGUUGGCAAAAAUGUUAAUGACCUUCGUGAACUUUACCUUGGUCUCCUUUACCCUACUGAAGACUACAAAGUAUAUGGAUAUGUUACCAACACUAAGGUCAAGUUUGUUAUCAUCGUGGAAUCUUCCAACACGAUGUUGAGAGACAAUGAAAUCAGAUCAAUGUUUAAAAAAUUGCAUGGAGCUUAUGUUGACAUGCUGUGUAAUCCCUUCUAUACACCUGGUGAAAACAUCACAUCAAGGCAGUUUGAAAAUAUUGUGGUGGGAAUGAUGCAGCAAGACUGAAGGCAGCUGUUGCAGUGCCUCAGUCCUUCACCUGAAGAUUUCUGAAACUUUUGCAGCUCAGUCCAAGAAAAUGUUGAAUGUUGUGUGCCAACAGUAUGUAGUGGUGAUGGGAACAAGAUCAUGUGCAAUAUAUAGUAGUAAAUAACUUAACCUUUUUUUUUUGGGGUGUAUGGUGUGUGGAUGGUUGUCUGGACUAUAGAUGAGAGCAUGCAAUAUUUCAGCAUCAUGUAUAUGUGAUAUUUUGCUGAAUAUCUGUUAGCCUUACCUGUGAAUUACCUUCUGAUGCAGGGUUUCUCCAGUUAAAAUUAUUUAGGAAAAGGGAAGGGGUGGUGCUAAGCCCCUUUUCACUAGCUAAAAAUGGUUUUAUGGAUCAGUAACAAAAAAGUAAUGUACAUUUGUUAAUAUUAUCAUGAUUAAAUAUAAGUGGCAUAGUAUCUAAAAGAGUGCCACUGACAUUUGGAAACAGUAUGUCGACUAUAUUAUAAAAUGUCCCUACCUUAAUUCUUAUUAAACCCCUAAUUACAGAUUGUUUUCAGAUCUGGACAGACUUGAGCAGAAGCUCGAUGAUGUAAUUUACAAGUUUCUUGUAUACCUAGUACAUUUGAAACUGAGCCCUUUUGAUGACAAAUAUUUGGUGAGAAAUCAUCAUUGUGGAGAUAUUUAAAAUAUAAACCUAAGGUUACCAUUAUGAAUGUUGUUUGUUUUUUUUUUUGGGGGGGGGGGACAUCUUUGCAUCUUUGUCCAAAAAUUCUUUUGGAAUUCUUCUAUUUUUGCAGAGGAAUUAAACAGUCCAGAGUUUGUGGUACAAGUUAAAA